AUGAGGAUGAAAUAUAAAAGGUUUCUGGUUAGUGGAUUUUGUGUGAUAUUCCUGUUUAUACUAUUGGGCUACUUACUUAGCCCCCGGUCACCACCUUACGAACCUAGCAAAGCCAUGCUGAAGUUCCGACAACUAAAAAGUGCUUAUCGUUCAAAACUAGCAAAGUACAAAAAGAUUUAUUACGGGCCAGCAAAGAAUUACGUGACAUAUGGACAGCCUUUGGGACAGCUAUUUGCUCACAGACGAGAUCCGUCGGUGAAACAAGUCUUGUUGUGGACAUCUUUUCAUGGAAGAUGGAAUUAUUUUCCGGAGAAAGUCGUGAUUUCCGACGGAAGGAGUUGUGUUAGGUCUACGGAUCGGAGUAACCUAAACCAAAGCCACGCAGUUGUCAUUCACUCGCUCAAUUUAGACCCGGGCGUUAAAGACUUGCCUAGAUUUAGACUUCCCUUCCAAAGAUGGGUGUUUUUCGUCAUGGAGUCGCCACGCUCUAACAGCAUAAAUAUGGAAGCAUUCCAAGGCGUAUUUAACUGGACAGUAACAUAUAGGCGAGAUGCCGACUUUAUGGCAAACUACUUCGUCGUACAGAAACGAAAGAAACCGUUAACAGACGACGAGACUGCAAAGCUGAAAGCGCAUAUCCUCCACGGUAAACAGAAACUAAUAGCCUUCCUGGAUAGUGACUGCGGAGAAAGGCGCGCUGAGCGGCGCCACUACGUGUUUGAGCUGCAAAAGUAUGUACGUGUGGAUAUAUACGGCGGCUGUGCAGGGGGGAACUGCACGCACGGGUCGGGCGAAUGUAAAAAGAUACUGUCCACAUACAAAUUUUAUUUGGCGCUUGAGAACAGUCACUGUAGAGACUUCAUUACCGAAAAAGUGCGUCAGCCGUUAGUCGAUUGGGAGGCCGUACCGGUGGUACUGGGAGCUGAUCAUCCGAGUACGUACGAGGAGUUACUUCCCCCUGGUUCCUACAUCCACGCUGACGGCUUCCACUCUGUGCUAGCGCUGGCCAAAUAUCUUGUGUUGCUGAACAGGAAUCAAGAGUUAUACGAGAUGUACCACGAAUGGCGCAGAACAUACCAAGUGUUAAGGAAUUUAUCUUGGCCGCGCCAGUUAUGCGAUGCUUUACAUAACCAGUCAUUGCCAAUACAAACGUAUAGCAAUUUUUCUGGCUGGUACAAUGAAGAUGUCUGCAAAAGUGGUGCACCGUAG